GACGGAAGUGACAGAACCACGAAAAGUUAUAGAUUUAUUGUUACGGAAAGCUUGCUCUUUUGGAGUCAUUGUACUGUAGUUUUUCUGUCCAGAAGUAAUUUCAUCCCCUCCAUGCUGCAAGAUGUUUUCCACCAUUACAAAGACGAUGUUGAAGAAUGUCAUAAGACACACAGACACACACAACAGGAUUGUUGAGGAAACUGAUAUGUGGAUGCAUCUGGACCAGGUGAAGGACCGAGAGCGAGACCCACGACGGUCGUUCCUGUACGACGAUCGUUACGAUAUGUCUAGAGAUGACGGCCGCCGCGGGGCGCGCCGCGCACACAUGGAUGACGGGGACAAUCGAGAUGAUGACGGGAAGAGAAGAAGUACGUACUGGCAACGUCAGCUACAGAAAGUCGAAGAGGCUGAUCCAGAUAGAUGGGGCCACAGUGGUUUUAAGGAGAUGUAUCCCGACAAGUUUAGAAGUGAUCGCUCAGAGGAAUCUGAUGAUUCUGUCAACACAAAGAAGAAAAGGAAGAAAGAAAAAAAGAAACGGAAACAUAAAAAAGAGAAUGGGGAGAAAAAAUUGAAAUCAUACAAAAAUAGGACUAAGUCUUCAUCUUCUGAUGAAUCUGACGUGGAUGGCGGUGAACGAAAAUACAACAGAUCUUCUAGUCAGUCAGACAGUCAUAAACAAACGUACAGAUCACGCAGAAGUAGAUCUUCAAGUGACUCUGAAAGCAACAGUCACAAACGGAAGUAUAAAUCUGUGACUAACGCUGGACUGAAUGAGGUCGAGCCCGAUUUGUCAUUAACACAUGCACGAAAUCGUAAACCAGAAGUGGCAGAUUUUCAGUGGGUUAAAAAACCCAGAAAUGUUAAUUGUGAAAACCUGCACUCUCGUGAUAAAUCAGGGAAGUAUUUCAAAGAUGACUGUGAGAGAGGAUUGUUUCUGAAAUCAAACCAUGUGAUGACAACAGACAAACAUUACAGUAGUAGGAGCUGUGGAGAUGGGAAAGAUGAAAGAAAAAGCAGAGACCAGUCACAUGACGAUAAAGUGAAUGGUAAGAAAAGAAAACACGGUGACAAGUCUCAUAGAGAUGAUGACGAGGGUUCAAGAAAGAAGAAACGGCAUUCUACGUCUGAUUCAUCUAAACAUCCGCAAGAUUCUGUACAUGAUUCUCAGAACAGUGACAAGGAUGAGAAACGGUCAAAGAAAAGUAAAAAAUAUGAAAAUAAACAUAAAAGUAAGAAGAAGCAUAAACAUUCUGCGGCACACAGUGAUGAGAGUAGUGAAUCGGACAGCGACAGACAUUACAGAAAGAGAUAACAUCAAGAUGGAUUUAGUUACCAGGGCCCAUAUUUUCAAAGCUAAGCAUUACCACCAUAUGCUAUGGCGUGUGUUGUAGUGACGUUAUAGCCUGUGGUGGCUUUAUGAUAACAUAGCACUAAGAUGGGUUCGAUAAUACAUGUAUGUAGCCAGUAUGUCAGCAGACUUCUUAAGUUAAUUGUUCUGAUGAAUUCCUCUUCAAAUGGUCAUAAGCAAAUGUGUGUUGAGCUGUGGUUAGACACCACCAUACAAGUAGAUUUGCCCAGCUCAUCCAUCUUUGACGGUGAUCCAUGUUAGCGUAGCCCGGGGUACUUAAGGUUCGGGGGCCCCUCAACAUAGAAAUUAAAUUACAUGACAAAUAAAACAAUGAACUAAUUUUAUAAUUAUUACAUUUUUUUUUAUAAAGGAAGUCCUUAGUUUAGGGGGGCCCCUCUGGCAGGGGGUCCCAGGGCAAUUGCUCCCUUAUAAAUCCGGCACUGUGUAGCCUCUACUCUUUGACCAAUCCAGCUUGGGUGACCCUACUAGUAGAUGAAGCUCUCGCUGCCGGUGCUGGUAUAGCUCUCGGAGUCACUGCGACAUAUAAGCUACCUUACCACGUCAAGAAGUGGACCAUGACAUAGUUUCUGAUACAGUGAAUGUGACCAAUUUUAUACUUGUCCAGUUGUGAUAUUUUGGUGUAUCAUUUACUUUACUUUUUAACAAUCAUCAUAUCAGAUUUUGAAUACAUUUUAAUAAAUUGUGCCAUAACAAAAGUUAAUUUAGAAAUGUUGUUUAACCACCAAGUAGCAAUAACUUCACUGUAACAUUCACUGUGGAUAAUGAUAUAUAAAAUAUUUAUCUUUUUUUUUUUUUUUUGCUAUUAAUAAAUUAACAAUAAAGACAUAACAGUAAAGACAAUUAUUUACUAUUAUGCCUUAUGAUUAAGGGUCACAACUGAAGCACAAAAAUAUUUUUAUGUACAUUUAAAUUUUUUUAAUGCAUCUCUAGUUUUGCUACUUGGAAUUAUGCACCACUGAACAUAUCUGCUUCAGAUUUUACUAUUAAAGACAUGAAAAACAACCUUUUAUAUUUUUAAAAGUUCUUUACAAUUAUUUGCCUCUUUUUGUGAAGAUAGCCUAUAUACCUCUUGUACCAACCAAAACAAAAUAUGCAGCUGGCAAAUAAAAACAAAAGAAGAUAAUCUGGAUUUGCUAAUUUUGUAAAAAUAUUAUUGAAAUUGCAUGUACUUUUACUGUUUUAGUGUUGUGCUGUUAGUUUUAUCCAGUCUUAAUACUAGUUUAAGUUUUUAAAGUAUAUUUUAUUAGAUAUACACAAUAUUUUUUUUUAUUAAGAACAGAUAUUUUCAUUUUCUUUGAGAAACAGUAAACUUGAAACAUCAUGCAAUGAUGGCAUUCCUCAUACGAUGUUCAGCAUUAAAUUACAAUGUGACGGUUUUCAAUAUUUGACCGUUGCAUACUUCUGGUUCUCAAUGAUGUAUGUGAAAUGUAUUCACAUUUAUUAUGUUUACCAAAUCUACUUUUACAUUUUGCAGGAUUCUGUUGAAGGUGUAUAGCAAAAUAUUACUUCAAAAUAUAUUCAUUUAUUAA